AUGUCGUCCAGCGGGGAAGUACAAGGCUUCAAGAGCAUGGGCUCCGACAGCCCGGCCAGGCCGAGGCAGCAGUUCUGUGGCAUGUUCUGCCCGGUGGAGGGAUCCACCGACAGCAAGACGCUGGACUUUGACGCGCUCUCCAUGUGCAGGGGCCGGAGCGACAGGAGCGUCAUCGACCGGCAGACCGACAUCUCCCAGCCGAGGAAGGUGGAGAUCCGGCUGAGCACCGGGAAAGAAGCUCUGCAGAACCUGGACGAUAAGGUGAGUGACCGUCUCCUCAUUAAAGGGGCGAAGAUCGUGAACGAUGACCAGUCGUUCUGUGCGGACAUCUACAUCGAGGAUGGAGUCAUCAAACAAAUUGGGGAAAACCUCAUCGUGCCCGGCGGCGUCAAAACCAUCGACGCCCACAGCCGCAUGCUGAUGCCGGGCGGCCUGGACACGCACACUCGGUUCCAGAUGCCGGAUCGAGGCAUGACGUCUGCAGACGACUUCUACCAGGGGACCAAGGCCGCGCUCGCCGGGGGCACCACCAUGAUCAUUGACCACGUGGUACCUGAGCCCGGCGUCAGCCUCCUCGCCGCCUUCGAGCAGUGGCGUGAAUGGGCCGACAGCAAGUCCUGCUGCGACUACUCUCUGCACGUGGACAUCACCGAGUGGCACCGGGGGAUCCAGGAGGAGAUGGAGGCGCUGGUGAAGGAUCACGGUGUCAACUCUUUCCUGGUCUAUCUGGCUUAUAAAGACGUUUUCCAGCUCACUGACGCUCAGGUGUACGAGGUGUUCAGUGUGAUCCGUGACCUCGGGGCCAUCGCUCAGGUUCACGCGGAGAACGGAGACAUCGUAGCUGAGGAGCAGGUCAAGAUCCUGGAGCAGGGGAUCACUGGGCCUGAAGGACACGUGCUGAGUCAUCCUGAGGAGGUGGAGGCGGAGGCUGUGAACCGCUCGGUGACCGUGGCCAAUCAGACCAACUGUCCCCUGUACGUCACCAAGGUGAUGAGCAAGAGCGCCGCUGAUGUCAUCGCUCAGGCGAGGAAGAAGGGCACCGUGGUGUACGGCGAGCCGAUCACUGCGAGCCUGGGAACGGACGGGUCACACUACUGGAGCAAGAACUGGGCCAAAGCGGCCGCCUUCGUCACCUCCCCCCCCCUGAGCCCCGACCCGACCACACCAGACUAUCUCAACUCCCUGCUCUCCUGCGGCGACCUGCAGGUGACAGGAAGCGCCCACUGUCCCUUCAACACCGCCCAGCGUGCCGUGGGCAAAGACGACUUCAGCCUGAUCCCCGAGGGCGUCAACGGCACCGAGGAGAGGAUGUCCAUCAUCUGGGACAAGUGUGUGGUGACAGGUAAGAUGGACGAGAACCAGUUUGUGGCGGUGACCAGCACCAACGCCGCCAAGAUCUUCAACCUGUACCCACGCAAGGGACGCAUCGCCGUGGGCUCCGACGCCGACCUCGUGCUGUGGGACCCGGACGUCACCAAGAUCAUCUCGGCCAAGACUCACAAUUCGACUGUGGAGUACAACAUCUUUGAAGGCACCGAGGUGCGCGGCGGGCCCCUGGUGGUGAUCAGCCAGGGCAAGAUCGUGUUGGAGGAGGGGAGCCUCCACACCACCGAGGGCUCGGGGCGCUUCGUGGCCCGGAAACCUUUCCCUGACUACGUCUACAAGAGGAUAAAGGCUCGCAGCAGGCUGGCAGAGCUGAGGGGCGUGCCCAGGGGACUGUAUGACGGUCCGGUGUGCGAAGUGUCGGUCACGCCUAAAACCAUGACUCCCGCCUCCUCCGCCAAGACCUCACCUGCCAAGCUGCCCAACCAGCCCGUCCGCAACCUGCACCAGUCUGGAUUCAGUCUAUCUGGUGCUCAAACCGACGACAACAUUCCCCGCCGCAGCACCCAGCGCAUCGUGGCGCCCCCUGGUGGCAAGUCCAACAUCGCCAGCCUGGGUUAAAAGCUCCAACCUCAGGCCGCUGAGGAGGGAACGGAGAUCUGAGGCGGUGAACGGCCGACGGGAGCAAAAGGGUCGAGAAACAACAUCGCGAUAACCGGGAGAGAGCCCCGCCCCCUUUUCAGCACCGGUGCCGUCCGUUAACCUCGAUCUUUGACUUCCUCCUCCGCUGCGUGUUCAUGCACCCCCACUCCUCCUCCUCUUCCCCGACACCCGACCCUAGAGGACACUGCUAGAAACAAAACGACAAAUAAUGAAAAAAAUGAAAAACACUCCUUAUUUGAGCACUUUUU